GACAAAUGCAGCUGGGCAAGAGGAGGUUGCUGAGUUAUUUGUGGAAAAAAUGCUUCCUCUCACAAAUUUCAAGGUAGCGAUCACGCUCUGAAACUACGGAAGCAAUACGCUGCUGCUGUUAGAAGGCAUAAUAAUUUCUUGGGUACAUGUACGAAAUUAAUGUAUCUUGCAUGUAAAUGUUUAUUUGUAUUAUUGUUAGGUUUAUUAUUGUUCAAUUAUUAUGUACGUAGGGAAUGCUCUUAACAUGGGAGUUACCAACUAUUGUAUAAAUAUGGGAGUCCUCCCACAUAAUAAAAGCAAGGCUAAUUCCUCAAACCCUUUUCUCACUUUAGCAUGGUAUCGGAGUCUUCCGUAUAAUACUAUACGAAGUAUCAAUUUUUUUUUUCUCUUCUUUUCUUUUCCCAGCUUAUAUUUAUCAUCCCCCACAGACUUAUCCCAUGACUACCCCACGGAUGAAGUCUCCACAACCACACACACCUCGAUUAUGGAUGUUUGCCGGAAAAUUAAUGACCCAUCUUCUCCAUAUUACCUUCACAAUUCCGAUUUUCCGGGUCUUAAUAUUUGUGGUGUCGCUCUUUGCGGAGAAUCCAACUAUCGUGAAUGGGCAACCGCUAUGAAAAAUGCCUUCCGUGCAAAACGAAAGCUUGGUUUUUUGGAUGGUUCCAUCUCUCAACCCACGCCAAACGCCCACGACCUUGAAGAUUGGUUCACCGUUCAUUCCAUGUUGGUAGGGUGGCUCAUGUCAUCCAUCGACCCGCCCUUGCGUUCCAAUGUCGCCUUUAUGGAUAAUGCCCGCGACCUUUGGGAUGAUUUAAAAAUCCGUUUUGAUGUCGCCGACGCUAUGCGCAUGCAUGAGCUAAAAGAGGCUAUACGCACAUGUCGGCAAGCCGGCCAAUCUGUGACGAUCUAUUUUGGUCGCCUUAAAACUCUAUGGGAUGACUACGUUGCUUACCGAAUAUUGCCCCAAUGCAAAUGUGGUAAGUGUUCUUGCAAUCUUGACAAAGAAUUCCUUGAAAGUGUGGAGCUUGAAAAAUCACAUGAGUUUCUCAUGGGUCUUGAUGGAGAAAUGUAUGGUGUCCUACGUUCUAAUAUUGUGAGCAUGACGACCCUUCCUGCACUCAACAAAAUUUAUCAAAUGGUGGUUCAAGAAGAAUGCCACCGGAAUGUCACCCGUACUCAGGACACCCGCAUGGAUGAUGUGACUUUUGCUAUGCGCCCCAACUCUUCUAUUAGUGUCAUAAAGGAUGGUGACAAAGAAAAGUUAUUUUGCCAUUUUUGUAAGAAAAAUGGUCAUGAUAUCAAACAUUGCUUCAAAAUAUCUGGGAAUUACCCCGAUUGGUGGUAUGGUAACAAAGGUGGCCGUGGUCGAGGGAACACUCUAGGACAGGGUCGUGGUAGAGGAGGACCACCUUCCUUGGGUGUUCAUGCGGUUAAAGUUGAAGACAUCCUUGGAGUUUCAACUCCAAACAUUAACCGUGCAUCUAUGCCCAUGCUCUCUGACACUCAGUGGAACAAUUUUUUAAGCAUGCUAAAUGAUAGUAAAAGGUCUUGUAAAACUGAAAAACUCACAGGUACACCUUCUUCCGUUGAGUGGUUACUCGACACAGAAGCAUCUUUCCAUAUGACGGGUUCAACUAUUUUUUUGACCGAUUUAAAAUCCAUACCGCCUAUUCCGGUUACCUUACUUAAUGGAGAGGUUAAUAUGGCCACACAUGUGGGUUGUCUUCAAUUGGGACCAAGUUUAACUCUUCCGCAUGUACUGCAUGUCCCUGGCCUCACAUGUCAUUUACUGUCUGUGGGGCCGGGAGACUUAUUGAUGAUUUAAAUUGUCAUAUUACAUUUACUAAUAAGUUUUGUGGGAUACAUGACCUCAAUUUGAGGACGCUGAUUGGAGUGGGUGAACGGCGUGGUGGUGUCUACUACUUUGUUGGUGCAAAUUUAAUUCGGGCUCUCAGUGCAACAGCUUUGGAUCCGUAUCAUCUGUGGCACCAACGACUGGGUCAUGCUUCUUCUAAAGUUAUUCGUCUGUUACCUGUUUUUCAUACUGAAAAAGGCAAUACUGCCAUUGAAAAUAAAAUUUGUGAUGCUUGUAUGUGUGCCAAACAAGCUCGCACUGUUUUCCCUUUCAGUACUAGUCGGGCAUCGGAACCAUUUGAAUUAUUACACUGUGAUGUUUGGGGCCGUACCGUGUGCCUUCCUCGUGUGGCUCUCAUUAUUUUCUCACAAUUGUUGAUGAUUUCUCAUGGGCCGUUUGAGUACAUUUAUUGGCUGCAAAAAGUGAAGUCCCGCUAAUAUUCAGAAUUUUUUUUACCAUGGUUCGCACCCAAUUUCAAAAAAUUAUUAAAAUUAUUCGGAGCGACAAUGGUAUCGAAAACCAUUGGUUCUCCAUCUUGGGUUCAUGACUGCCACAAAAUGUACAUAGCAGUACAACAGAAAGUGGAAAACCAAAUAAUCGAUCUCUUAGCUUGACUCCGACAGCGGCAGGAGCUGUAAUACCUACCAAUGCAGGUUAGGUUCCGGCCUUUGGUUCUCCAUCUUGGGUUCAUGACUGCCACAGCUUUUCUCGUCAUGAUAUGCACGUGCAGGUAGGUAAUCUAUUUAUGUACACUUUAUUUGUGUACGUAAAACAAAACCUCACAAUAAUGAACAUUAAAAUAAUUUCUCAACUCAUGGCCGGAUGUACUUUCUUUCACACACAUGCUUUGUCUUGAGGUCUUGAGUAGCUAGCAGCUGGUUGAUGAUAUUUUUUGUUUCACGCACACACAGGUUGCAACCGGCCGCUUCUUAUCGGCCAGCCCAGCCACUACUCUAGCUACUGGUUUGGUGAACAAGUGUGGCUUUGGGAAGAAGAGACAUUUGGGUGUAUUGUUGGCAGGGGCGGACCCAUGAAAGUCAUUUUGAGGGGGGGGGCGAAAAUAUUUUUGGGGGGUUCAAAAAUUUUUUUUGAAAGAGCAAAAAUCAUUUUUCGUAUAUAUAUACACUAAAAAAAAAAUUGUUGGGGGGCGGUAGCCCCCUGGGUCUCUACUACGGUCCGCCCAUGAUUGUUGGGCAGUUGGCACUCUUCUCUUCUCAAACUUCUACCCUUUCACUUAAAGCCUAAAAGGAAAAAACGAAGAUAUGAUACAUGUGAC